AUUUUCGUGGGCUCCUGGGGGGCAUGGCGGAGUGCAGAGCGCACGCGUGGCGCGUGACCUCAUGGCGCGUUGUGCGCGACGCUGUUGCAUCAGAGCGCAAAGCGCCAGAACGGUUGUUAGCGCAUGGUUUUGUCCUCGGUGGCCCGCGCCCGCGCAGGUGUGUGUUUCCGCGCGGUCGGUAUGUCUUCGAAGGGCGGUGGCAAAGCCGGCGAGAAAGGCCACGGCAAGGACAAGGACGGCAAAGGCGAGAAGGGCGGAAAGGGUCCGCACGCGAACCACUUCUACAUCGAUGGGAAGAUCUACGACUUCUCGGAGUGGAAGCUCAUCCAUCCCGGGGGCGAUGUGUUCUUCCGCACCUCGUUCGAGCGGGACAUCUCCCCGGCCUACCACGCCUACCACCGGCGGCCCGAGACGCUGAAGCCGGUGCUCGACAAGUACGAGGUGAAGGUGGACUGCGACCCCGUCGAGGUCAUCGAGCCGAAAAUGAACGUACCACCGUUCAUACUGCCCGCUGGCGGCGAGGGCUUCGACGCGCGUGUAGACAGGCCAGUGUACAAUUGGGACAAGGGUUUCAUGCACUCGCUGCGCAAGAAGAUCAGUACCCCUGAUAUGGUGCGCAGGCUACGCCUUGCCAACAAGGUGUUCGAUGCCACGGCGAUCUGUCUCUUCUCCGUCCACGCAUUCGUGUCCUUCCCCGCGGUAUACCUCGAGCUGCUGCCGUGGUGGGUCUACGUCGUGCUGCAGGUCCUCCUGCGCACUGCCCUGGCUGGCGUGGGCCACUACCACUGCCACCGCGCCAAGAAUGGCAUCGCGGACUGGGCCGACCCCUUCUUCGACAUGCAGUACGUCGGCGCUUCCGUGAUCCUGGCCGACGGCGGGGCGCGGGUGGAGACCUACAUCUACAUCUACAUCUACACCUACAGCUACAUCUACAUCUACACCUACAUCUACAUCUACACCUACAUCUACAUCAACAGCGAGACUCACAUCUACAUCUACAUCUACACCUACACCUACAUCUACACCUACUUCUACAUCUACAUCUACAUCUACAUCUACAUCUACAUCUACAUCUACAUCUACAUCUACAUCUACAUCUACAUCUACAUCUUCAUCUACAUCUACAUCUACAUCUACAUCUACAUCUACAUCUACAUCUACAUCUACAUCUACAUCUACAUCUACAUCUACAUCUACAUCUACAUCUACAUCUACAUCUAA